AUGUUACUUUUCAAUCAAAUAUUGAAAGCAACCAUAGAAAUCAAUCAACAACGAUUCGAAAAUGAACUUUUUCAUCUAAGUUCCGUUCGUUUCAAAAUAGUCGGUAGUAGUUUUCGCAGUCGAAAAGAAUAUCGAAACAAUUCAAUAAUCUCAACAGCAUUUUCAUCGGCUGAUGCUUGGAAUGCAAAUGAAGCUUGUGCCAAUAAUCUUUGCGCAAGAGCAGUUAUUCGUACGUUUUAUCGAAUAACCGCCAUAUAUUUGCCAGUCAAAAUGUCUCGUACUCCCGGUGAACCUGUCGAAUAUGAAUGCGAAGAAGUCCUCACGUGGCCAAGGCACGUUUCCCAUACUGUUCAACACCUGUUUGGGACUAUCUGUCAAAACGUACCGCUAACGGUGGGUUAUGUAUCGAAGAGACUUUUGAAAAAAGGCCUAUUUCGUCUGACGAUGCUCCCAACAGAUUUUGAGAUAUUACAUGAUGAUCCAGUUUACCAGUUUUCACAAGUUAAAAACGUAACUGUAGUGUGCAGUAAUGACCAUCAGGUGCUAGUAAUGAAAUUUCGCUUUCCACAAGCGGUCAAUAAGACAGAAUUCGUAACAUUAGAUGAGCUAUUGCGAACAUCAAAUAAGUUCAAUCAACAUACAGAAGAAGAAAUCCGUCGUGUUUAUGAAGAACAUUGUCAAUCGGAAAAGUCGGCUAUUAUUGAAAAGCUACGCUGUACCUCGCCCUUCGGCUUUCCAGUGAAGAGAUCAGCUAAUAUUAUACCAGAAUCAUUGUGUUCUUCGUGUGAAUUAAUCGUCCAACAAACUUUUCACUUGGAGUGUGAUCAUUUCGUUUGCACGUUAUGUUCGCAAACUAAAAUAAAAUGUCAAGCCUGUAACAAAGAUAUUUCGUUUGAAGUGGCGUCACACGACGAAGAUAAGACCCUUGCAAUUCAGACUUCAGCUGUUGUAUGCGUUGCUUGCGAAUGGGAUGGGCUAACUAAAGAGUAUAGCUCACAUCUGUCCAGUAAGCACCCUUUAUUGCUUACUCCUGUUAUUGAGGAUCAACCAAACCUAGACUGUAAUACAAUACAAAUAUCGCGAAAUGGUACUUGCAUUUGGAAAAUAUCAGGCGUUGAAUUCAUCAAACAUAAUGCUGUACUGAAGAAACAAGCAUCGAUCUACUCGCCUGCGUUUUACACUCAUCCAAAGGGAUAUAAAAUCUGUCUGCGGCUGUACGUGAAUGGCGAUUUAACAGGAAAAGAUGCGUAUAUAUCGUUAUUCUAUGUAAUUAAACGCGGUGAAUAUGAUGAUACACUAAAGUGGCCAUUCAACUUACAGGCUACAUUCACAUUAAUUAAUCAGUCAAGUAUCGAUAAUGAAAAUGGUCAUGUCGUCGAAUCUUGUUGGCCUGAUGAAAAUUUGCCGUGUUUCUCUUGCCCAUGGUGUGAUAUGAACGAGGCAUAUGGCUUCCCACAAUUUUGUCAAGUUGGUGUUUUGAAAGCGGACUCUGGAUUUGUCCAGAAUGAUACAAUGUUGAUCCAGGUGCGAUUUGAAGCGUCAGCCAAAGAAACAAAUGCUAUACCGUCACAUGGCACCGGUCAAAGAGCACGAGAUCAAGAACAUGUAGCCGAUGACGCCGGUGAAGAUAUCGACACAUUGAUUUCCGCAUAA